AUGCAGCAUUAUGUAGUUUACAUGGGUGAACACUCGUUCGAGGACUCAAAGUCAGUGAUCACAGCUAACCAUGAGUUGCUUACCUCGGUAAUGGGAAGUCUUGAGGGGGCGCAGGGUGCAGCGGUCCACCAUUAUAUGAAGACAUUCAGAGGCUUCUCCGCUAUGCUAACCUCGGAUCAAGCAAGAAAGCUCCAAGAGAGUGAUUCAGUAGUGUCUGUGUUCGAGAGCAAGACAAGCCGCAUCCAUACAACACACUCGUGGGAAUUUCUUGGUGUAACCAACUUAGAAAAUAGCCAUCAACCGUUGAUGGACUCUACAUCCGACAUGAUCAUUGGAGUUAUUGAUUCGGGGGUGUGGCCCGAGUCCAAGAGCUUCAACGAUUACGAACUUGCUCCAGUGCCCGAGAAAUUCAAGGGUGUGUGCUCAACCGGUGAAAACUUCACUCUGUCAAACUGCAACAGAAAAAUAGUAGGAGCAAGAUUUUACUACCAAGUUGUAGCAGAUGUCGGGCCUCUUGAAUCGUUCAACGAGACAUUUUUCCUGUCGGCCAGAGACUCUGAUGGUCACGGAACACACACUGCAUCCACCAUUGCUGGCUCAGAAGUUCCCAACGUCAGCGUGUUCGGAAUAGGGAGAGGCACUGCGAGAGGAGGCGCGCCAAGAGCUCGACUGGCAAUCUACAAGGCUUGCUGGUUUGACUUAUGCAGUGAUGCAGACAUCCUCUCCGCGAUGGAUGAUGCAGUCAGUGAUGGCGUGGAUGUUAUAUCAAUGUCGCUCGGACCAGGUCCGCCCCAGUCUGUCUACUUCGGAGAAGCAAGUUCCAUUGGAACCUUUCACGCGUUCCAGAAAGGAGUAGUCGUUUCUGCAUCAGCUGGUAACAGCUUUCUCCCCGGAACUGUGACCAACGCUGCUCCGUGGAUCCUCACUGUCGCAGCGAGCACCAUGGAUCGCGAGAUACAGAGUAAUAUAUAUCUAGGAAAUUCACAACUUAUAAAGGGUUUUAGCAUAAACCCUUUUCAGAUGAACAACUUCUACGGUUUAGUGGCCGGGAGGGCAUCAGCAGCGGCUGGGGUUCCCUCUGCAAACGCGAGUUUUUGUAAGAGCGACACCCUAGAUCCGGCUCUGGUUAAGGGGAGGAUCGUUGUCUGCACGCUCGAAGAUAUUCUUGAUUCACGAAAUGAAAAGGCUGCUACGGUGAAACAAGCCGGUGGUAUGGGGAUAAUUCUGGUUGAUCAACUAGCUGAAGACAUCACAUUUCAGUUUGAAAUCCCAGGCACAAUAAUCAGCAUUCAAGAAGCAGGAAAGCUUCAAGCAUACAUGGUUUCGAACAAAAAUCCAGUGGCUAGAAUAUCCCAGACAGUGACAGUUCAGCCGACUAAACCAGCGCCCGAGAUGGCAUUGUUCUCGUCUGCAGGGCCGAAUGUCAUCAGCCCGGAUAUAAUCAAAUCGGAUGUAACAGCGCCAGGCGUGAACGUGCUGGCAGCGUGGUCUCCCUUGGCCACUGCCAACACGGCUGGAAGAGCAAUCGACUACAACAUAAUCUCGGGCACUUCAAUGUCCUGCCCCCAUGUUUCCGCGCUUGCUGCCAUUGUCAAAUCUGUCCAUCCUUCGUGGAGCCCUGCAGCGAUCAAGUCUGCGAUAAUGACAACAGCAACGACUCAAGACAACGAUAGGAGCUCGAUCAGAAGACAUCCGAAUGGAACUGAAGCCUCACCUUUCGAUUAUGGAUCCGGCCAUGUCAAUCCGGCUGCAGCAGUCGACCCUGGAUUGGUUUAUGAUUUUGACAGCAACGACGUCAUUGAUUUCCUGUGCAGCACCGGUGCAAGCCCUGGUCAGCUGAAGAACCUCACCGGUGAGACGACAUACUGCAGGAACACCACAGCAUCCUCGUACGACUUCAAUUAUCCGUCAAUUGGAGUCUCGGACCUGAAAGGGAACGUAUCAGUGCAUAGAACAGUUACGUAUUUUGGGGAAGGGCCAGCUGUUUACAAGGCGGAAGUAGACUCUCCCGCUGGUGCAUAUGUCUCAGUCACUCCGAACGAACUCUGCUUCAAACAGACAGGGGAAAAGAUGUCUUUCGUGAUAAAUUUCACGCCCUACAAAGGCAGCAACGAGAACUUCGUGUUUGGAGCUUUGACAUGGACUGAUGGAACGCACGUCGUGAGGAGUCCGAUUGCUGUCAACAUCUCUCUCUAGGAAGUGUGUGAGUGAGGCAAGGAAACACAUUCAAACAGCUCAUGUAAUUGUCAUUGAAUUCAACCUCAUCAGAAUGUAACCAAGUUUGCAAUCGAAAACAUUGUCAUUUAUAAUCCCAUGUUUUCCUAUAUUAUUCAACAUAGAAAUACACUUUCAAGUUUCACAGAGCAGAGAUAGAUCCAAAAUCAAUUCAUGCUUCCCCAAUCAUAAAUUCAUUAAUGCGUAUAAUUUGUAAGAGAAAUUACCAGCAAAUCCACACAAGAUCAUAAGCCUCUGCUGAAGUGGUGGAAUCUAUUCGAACCGAAAUGCAAUAGCUGGCCUUUGGACGAGCCGAGAAAGGAUGGCUUCCUUCUGUUCGUCCCUCUGAUAAAUAUCAUCGCGUACAUCAUUCGUAUCUGGCUGAUAUCCUGCACCCCUCAAACGGGCCGAGAACAGUUCCGACAUCUUCUUGACAGCACAAUCCGUGAGCAACGUUCUUCACUCUGAUCUCAUGAAACACUCUCUUCAUUAUCCAAAUUUCCAUUCUUGACAGCAUAAUGGUUGUAUCAGAAACAUCUCUCUGCAGAAAUUCAUCAAA